AGAGCAGAAGCGCGCCACCAUGCAGGCUCUCCUGCUCCUCACAGAGAAUUCAAUCGAACCAUUAGCGAAAUGCGAUGGGCAUCUGAGAUACGGUUUUGUAAAGGUGAAGCUUCACAUUUACAAAACAGACACAGAUGCAAUUGAGUUCCUCGCCACUAAGGAAGGUGAAAAGCACAUGGGCGAACCAGAACCCAUGAGCGAAACCGAGCCAAUGAGCGAAGACGACCGGCCCACCGAAGAAGAAUACGCCUCUUCAGGCUCAGAAAUGGGCUUAGGGAGGCUGUACUUCGAACGGGAGGGUAAGUACCACACACAACAGCGUAAGUAUUCCGAAAGGGAACUUUUAUGCGAAAGCAAAGAAGACCCAGACAUUACGCUAACAGCUGAUGCAUCUUCUACAGAUAAACCUUCAUCACUGUAAAGAAGCCUGCCUUGCCCUCCUGGAGCGUCUGGCAGAAGAUCAGCCGGACGUAGUCCUCAUCCAGGAACCCUGGGUACGGAAUGGCGAAAUCUGCGGUCUGAGGACAUCAGGGUAUAAAGUAUACAAGACCAAUGGUGAAGUAACGCAGAUACUACGACGGUUAGCUGGGAAGUGAGCGGAAGCAACAUCUGGCUAACCUCGUUCUACUUUGCCGGAGACGACACAGGUCCACUGCCGUCGCCGCUAAUAAGAAGCCUUGUGGAAGACUGCAAAGCACACAACCGCAAACUAGCCCUAGGAGGUGAUGCCAAUGCCCACCAUACCGUAUGGGGGAGCUCGGAUACAAACGAACGAGGUGAGUCUCUCUUUAAUUAUAUUAUAUGUAGUAAGCUUUUAGUGUGUAACAAAGGCAACGAACCUACAUUUAUUACGCGCAAUAGACAAGAAGUUCUUGAUAUUACGCUAGUUUGUCAAACCCUCUACGAAAAGAUGACGCAGUGGAGGGUUCUGAAUGAACACUCUUACUCCGAUCAUCGUUACAUAGAAAUAAAAUUUGGGGGAAAAAACUCACGGGCCCCGCCCGCCAGCAGGAACUUGAAAAAGACCAACUGGCAUAUAUAUAAACGGGAACUUAAGGAAAGACUUCCAAACUCCCAAAAUAUUAAUAUUGAAGACAGAGAAUCAUUGAACGAACACGUACAAAUCCUUACGGAGGUCUGUAGAACUGCGCUAAACAAGGCUUGCCCCUUAAUUAAGUAUAAGGGGAAGAAAAAGCCGCCCUGGUGGUCAGAAGACCUGUCUACACUAAGAAACGACAGCAGAAGACAGUUUAAUAGAGCGAAAGCGACACGAGAGAGUAAAGACUGGGACUGCUACUACACUAAGCUAAAAAUUUACAAAAAAGAAGUUAGGAAAGCGAAAA